GGUGGAGUCGCGCUGACAUCACGGCCUGACGACGGCAUGGACGGGACGCGGGGAGACGGGCGCGCUCAGCCGCCGCGGCCCGGCGUGGGCGUGGGGGUGGUGAUCACCAGCGCCGCACACCCCAACUGCGUCCUGCUGGGCAAGCGCAAGGGGCUCCUCGGCGGCGGCACCUACCAGCUGCCUGGAGGCCACUUGGAGUUCGGAGAAAGCCUCGGCGCAUGCGCGGAGCGGGAGGUGCUGGAGGAGGCGGCGCUGUCCCUGCGAAACGUGCGCUUUGCGUCAGCGGUGAACGCGGUAUGCGUGGCAGAGCGCUACCACUACGUCACCGUGCUCAUGAAGGGAGAGGUGGAGGCGGGCCACGAGCCGCGGAACUUGGAGCCCCACAAGAACGAGGGUUGGGAGUGGGUCCCAUGGGACAAAUUCCCUCCGGCCGAGCAGCUGUUCUGGGCCUUGCGCUGCUUGAGAGAGCAAGAGUACGACCCCUUCACAGAAGAGCUUCAUCACCUCAAGGGAUACACUGGAAGGCACCAGGAGAUGGCCUAGGAACAUGUGAUAAAGACCUCGCUUCAGAGAGACUGUUUUCGUACAUGGUAUCUACAGAGAUGUAUUGCACAGCCCUGUUCUCCUCCAUAUUUCCCCGUUGACAAAGCCAAAACGGUGCUAGGCAUAGGAAUCCUAGAGAAGUCAACCUCUGGUUGUACCUUUGGUAGCUGGGUGGCUGCAUGGUCCUUGUAGGAGUAUCAUACAUCAAGUCAUGGCGAUGGCUGUAUCCGCAAAAUAAAAUAGCCGUGUGAGAGAACAUGAUGGCUGCAGUUGUCUAUACAUAAGCCAGUUGUAUGAGUAUGACAAAGUGAAGACUGGGAAAGGUUCUAAGUGAAGUUGGGAACAAAAAGGAAAAAAAUACUGCAGAAGCACAAACAGGAAACGGGACCAUGUGGUGUGAAUCCGUUUCAAUUAUUUUUUUAUUGAUCCUGCAUUAAGCAGAGGCCUUAAUUUUAAAGUGCAUAGACUGGAGUGCCAAUGAGAAAACAAGGAUACAGGGGCUGCAUUUAGGUUCCUUUUUUUUUGUUCUUGCCAACUUUCACUCUACCAAAUAAAUGAUUUCUGUAUACCUA